UAAUAUUUCCGUUGUGAAGUAAAGUUAUCAUUUUCCCGCGCCGUAUGUUUGUGGAUUUGCCAGCCUACAGGUGUGGAAAUUGAAGGAUAACCUGCUUCUAGAUGACUUCAUCGCUGAUGUGGACGUUGAUAUGACUUGACAGCAUGGUGUUUGACAACAUCAUAUUAAGCAUUUUUGCGCAACUUCGGCUCGCUAAUGUCAUCAUCAGGGACGAUGAUGUCGUAGACCAACUCCACCAUAAUGUCAUGGCCGUCAUCCUGACCACGCUGGGUAUCGGGGUCGGGACAAAACAGUUAGUAGGCCAUCCUAUAAACUGCUGGCUUCCUGCGCAGUAUAAAGAAGAUGACCAAGCGGGACUACGUCAACAGUCUCUGCUGGAUCUUCCCCCUCUACAACGUCCCCUUCAACAACGAACUCCCCGUGGCAGACAAAGACCGCUUCUCCGACGACAAAGACGUCGGCUACUACAGAUGGGCCAUGCUGAUAUUCAUCCUUCAGGCUUUGAUGUUUGAGCUGCCACACUUCAUCUGGAGAAGUUUAAACGGUCAUUCCGGAUUGAACAUCAAGAGGAUAAUAAGAAUGUGCAUGGAGACCCAGUUAAACUCCAAAGAUACUCGUGACAAGAAACUUGACCAGAUUGCAAAGUUCAUCGACAGAUGGCUGAGGACCUACAGGAAGUUUACCUCACCCACUCUCAAGUUUUGUCAGUUUGGGAACCGGUCGGGACGUUAUUUGGUUCUGCUGUAUAUGUUCACCAAAUUCCUUUACCUCGUUAAUGUUGUAGCACAAUUCCAGAUCCUUACCAUAUUCUUAGGCUUCAACUAUUGGAAAUACGGCGCUGAGGUCGUAGGAUAUCUGACUGAAGAUCCACACUGGAAUGAUCUUCAGCGCUUCCCUCGGGUUGGAAUGUGCGACUUUGACAUCAGGCAGCUUCAAAACAUCCACCGAUACACUGUCCAGUGUGUUCUCUCGAUCAAUCUGUUCCUUGAAAAGAUCUUCGCUGGUCAGUGGUUCGUCUUAGCGCUUCUGUCCGUAGUUACUCUUGUCAGUUUCUUGUCCUGGUUCAUUGAGGAGGUGUUCACGUCUCGGCGAGAACGUUUCUUGCAUAAAUACAUGUACUUUAUCGACGAAGAAAACAAGAAACAGGGUGGUUCUCUGAAUACCAAUAUGUUCAAGAAAUUCGUAAGGGGAUACCUCCGCCAUGAUGGCGUGUUCGUGAUUAGAACUGUUGCCAAUAACACCAACGAUGUACUGGCAUAUGACCUACUGAAUCGGCUGUGGAGUAUGUUUGAAAAUCAGCACAAUGUACGCACUGACGAAUAUACAAUUGAAGGUGAACCAUUUCUUGAUGGUUGCGAAACCAAAGAUGAUAUUGUUCCGACGUCGAUUCAAAAUGGAGCUAGUCGGCAAAACGUACCCAAGAAAGUCGAGAAUCAUAGACCAAAGUCACAGCGACUUAAACCACAGGCAAACAUGGAAUAACAAGUAAUGCUCAGUAUGUCAAAUAUCUGGUCCACCUUAGAAAUAAAUAGAUGAACAAUCCUUUUAGCGAUUUUCCUAACAAUAAUUGCACUCAAGCACAUCGAAGUUGUGAAGUUCUGUUACAUGUUAGGAAUACGUAUAUGAACAGCAAUUUGGAAAACAAUAAUUGCACAUACAAUAUUGCCUCUAUGUGAUUAUGAUCUAUCUUGAAAAUUGUAAUACUGUUAUUUUUUAUAUACCUUUAUGUCAGUUUCUUAAAUAAAACAGACCGACUGACAGUCUUGAUA